UGCCAUUUCAGCAGUCCGAAGUUGCGAUAGGGACUUAAUCCUGUUAUGAGUAUGAAUGCGUUUUAAAGCUUGUGGUUUUUACCUUUUGAAUCUUGGUGUUGUUGCUCUUAACAGCUAGUUUGAGAAUACGUCUGUAAAAUCCGAGUUCGUUUAGCUAAAUUGACUCCUGAAACUCGCAGCUACUUUAUAAUCAUGGGAGGAAGAAAAUUUGGAGAUGGAGAAGUAGUGAUGGGCCGUUGGCCUGGUAGCAGUUUAUAUUAUGAAGUUACUAUAUUGAAUUAUGACAAAUCCAGACAAUUCUACAACGUUAAGUAUAAAGACGGGACUGAACUAAUUUUGAAAGAGGGUGAUAUUAAGUCUUUGGUUUCUUUUAAGGCGAAGACAAGGCGUUCUGGUUCUAGUUCUCCAUCUCGACGUCGCAGCAGGUCCAGGUCUCCAGCCAGAACAUCAAAAAGUGCAAAUCAGUCUUCCUCUCAUGGUAGAGAGUCUGUAACAGAAGAUAACAAGGAAGAAAUACUGGCAGUAAAGCUAACACCAGUGCAGCAACGGACUGAAAAUAGCUACAGCAGGAUCAUUAGCGAAGGUAUUGGAAAUGGAGAAAAGUUUGCAACAGUCAAUAAAAUAAUUGAUCCUGACCUCUUAAAACAGAAGUGGAGUGAAAACAACAAUAGCCGGAUCAUUAGUGAAGCUGGUAGAAGUGAAAGAAAGUUCGCAACAGCUAACAAAAUUGAGGAUAUCUUGAAGCAGAAGUGGAGUGAAAACAGCUAUAGUAGGAUUGUUAGAGAUGCCAUUGGAAAUGAUCAAAGGUUUGCAACAGCCAAUAAAAUUGAGCCGGAUGAUAUCAUGAAACAGAAAUGGAGUGAAAACAGCUGUAGCAGGAUCGUUAGAUAUGCCGGUGGAAAUGAAGAAGGGUUAGCAACAGCCAGUAAAAUAACUGAGCCUCAUUUUGAAAGGGAAUCUAAGACGAAUGAUAUACUACUCCAGUACAGUCUGCGGCCUAGAAAAGAGGAGCUUAAACAGAAGUUUACUGAUGAGAAAACAGAGGAACAUGACUGGAAAAGGAUAUCACUAAACAAAAGAGAGAUGGAAUUUGGUCAACAGACAACAGAGUUGGGAUUUGGUGGAAGAAUAGGAGCAGUUUUCUUGAUGAUGAUUCUACCUUCCAUUGUGUUCAUCUUGAUUUUGAUGAGUGGGGCAGAUGAUCCAAGUGUUUUUAAUAUUCCUCCUAGAUUGCCCUGUCUGCAUUCCUUAUGGAAUAGCACCGUAUGUGGGUUUUUCCUGUUAUGGGUCUUUUUUCAGGCCCUUCUCUACUUACUUCCACUUGGUAAGGUUGCAGAAGGAUUGCCUCUGUCGAGUGGGAAAAAACUCCGAUAUAGGAUAAAUGGGUUCUAUGCCUUUUUGAUCACUUCAGCUGCUGUUGGAACUGCUGUUUACUACAAGAUUGAUUUACUUUACAUCUAUGACCACUUCAUCCAGUUUGCUGCCACUGCAACAGUAUUCUCACUGCUGCUUAGCAUUUACUUGUACAUACGUGCUCGAAGAGUACCCAGUGAUGAAUUGGCCCCUGGUGGAAACUCUGGAAGCAUAUUUUAUGACUUCUUCAUGGGGCAUGAAUUAAACCCUCGUAUUGGGCACUUUGAUCUUAAGUUUUUCUUUGAACUGCGUCCUGGAAUGAUUGGUUGGGCUGUGGUUAACUUGGUGAUGCUUUUGGCGGAGAUGAAAAUUCAGAAUCGUGCUGAGCCUUCAUUGGCAAUGAUUCUAGUCAAUUGCUUUCAGUUGCUGUAUGUGUUGGAUUUUUUGUGGAAUGAGGAAGCAAUCCUAACAAGUAUGGAUAUUGUACGGGAUGGAUUUGGGUUCAUGCUAGCAUUUGCUGAUUUGGUUUGGGUUCCGUUCACUUACAGCCUACAAGCAUUUUAUUUAGUGAAGCAUCCUAGUGAAUUGUCCUGGCCAGUGGCUUCUGCUAUAUUUGGACUGAACACUUUGGGAUAUGCAAUUUUCCGAUUGUCAAACAGAGAAAAAAGUAAUUUCAGAAGAAAUCCUCGAGAUCGUAAAGUGUUAUAUUUGAGGUCAAUUCCUUCUACUACUGGUAGUAGUCUCCUAGUUUCUGGUUGGUGGGGAUUUGUCCGUCAUCCUAACUACCUGGGUGAUCUCAUCAUGGCAUUGGCUUGGUGUCUACUUUGUGGAUUUAAUCAUAUUUUGCCUUACUUCUAUGUGAUUUUCCUAACUUGUUUCCUUGUUCAUCGAGAAGCCCGGGAUGAGUACCACUGUAGGAAAAAAUAUGGUGUGGUUUGGGAUGAAUAUUGUCGACGCGUUCGCUAUCGUAUUUUCCCAUACAUCUACUGAAAAUUUGCUAAGAAAAUAUUUGAAGUCUUAAAAAGUAUUUUUUUUUUUUUUUUGAGAUACUCAAUAUAUUUAAUCAUAUUCCCAUAUUUGCAAGCUGGUCUAUACACAGAGGCCUUUUAAAUGUGUAUAAUCUGUUUGAUGCAGUUCUUCAUUGGAGGCAAAGUAAACCUAUACCAUGUUUGGCAAGUCCUAAUAUCACACAACUGCUAUGACUAGAAGAAAUCAUACAUACUGGAGCAGUUCUACAGAUUAUUCUUCAGUUUUCAACUGAAAAAAUAUUGUCCUGAUAGCAGAUGUUAACCUCGUAAGUACUUACUGGACUUCUACGGUAGUCACGUGGCUUGCCUUGUUUUUAAGAAUAUCCCUGCCAGCAAACUGUAUUUUAUGUACAUUUUGUAUUAUAUUAUGUUUUGUUAGAGGAAAGGGUGGAUUUGAUUUUUUUUUUUUGCUGUAUAGUAUGUGUCAUUUGUAUGCUUUAGGAUGAAAUGUUAAAUAUUUUUAACUUACAGUAUUUUUAAUGUUUUAUACUGCACUCUGUAAGUUCUAUAUGAAAUUUCUGGGAAAAAAAGAUAUUUUUGCAGCAAUUAUAAACCAUCAAAUUGAAGGCGAAAAAAUCAUUUUUUUUACAUAAAAUGCUUCUUUUUUAGUCUGAAGUUGGAUUGGUUUUGCUUUGCUACUGUUACACUCUUGCUCACAAGUAGUAACAUUUUUUGCAAAGUGGUGGCUUAGCUUACAGUUUGUAUGACUUAUUUUGUACAAGUUUGAAUUUUAAUUUGAAAGAUUUGCACUUUGUGAAAAAAUGACUUAAAGUUUCUUACUAAAGCAUUUUUUACACAUUUCUACCCUUUAAA